CUGUUCUGCAAGACUGUGCUGUUUCUAUCCAGUGAUGGUGAACUUUUAAAAAGCAGUUGAGCCAUACUAAAUUAGAGUAAGGAACACAAAGCUCAUCCACAAGACAUCUCUGACGUUUCUGAAGGCAUCUCUUUGCAUGGAACCUUCAGGAGUCUACAAUGGCGGACCAAACAAAAGAGGUAAAAAAGCAUCAGACCAACACAGAAAAAACAGACGACAAUGGAUCUAAUCUCAGUUCCAAAGAUCAAACAAAAAAAAGGUCACCUGAAUUAAAUCCUUCUAAUGAACACUCAGUAAAUCUCAGACUGCAUCUACAGUUAGCUGGCCGUUUGCCACCCCAGAUUGGUGAGACACGCAUAUCUCCCUUGAUUUUGCCUCCUGCAAGCACAAUGUCCACACCACUGAUCCAGGAUCAGCAUUUAAACUCCCAACUUCCACCUUCUUUACGCUCUUGUCCGUUUGCCAAUAUUCAGACAAGCGCUUUGCUUGAGAGCCUGCUUUUGAGUCAACCAGAAGCUUUGGUUAACCACACAGAUGUACCAGCAUUUCAAAGCCCUGGGAUUGCAACUUGUCUGAAAGAUCUAAUACAAUCUCUCAGUAAUUCGGCAGAGUGUGCAAUGACUGGUCCAAACCAACCAAUCCCUUUCAUUUCAAAUGGCUUGCCACAUGAAAUUGUUCAGCCUACUAGCACACCAAUAAUCUCACUGAUCCCACCAGCAACUUUGUUGGUCCCUUAUCCAUUUGUGGUCCCAUUACCAGUGCCAUUACCCAUCCCCAUCCCAAUCCCUAUCCUAAUGAGUUUAGACUCAAAAACCUUUAUUAAAACUGGUUCUACGGUUGACAAGAGCACACAGACCUCGUCUACAAUCCCUUGCUGCACUAGCAGUAUGGCCUACCCCAUAUUUCCAGUGUCUCAAGACAAGGUGCUUGACCUCUCACUUAAGGCGACCCAAACAAAGCGAGAACAUGUGUUAUCUCCUUCACCGGACUCAGCACUGGAUCUGUCUGUGGUAAACUCAAAUAGCAGAUUUAGGAAUGGACGAAACGCAUGGACAUUACAUGAAGGCAAUGGAAACAACAUCACACGUUCAAAGUAUGAGGACUACAAUGGCAAGAUUGUGCGCCCUACUCAAACAGUCAAAGUCAUUGUGUCGCCCACAGAGACCGUUCCUGCCCCUUUAUGUGACAAGCGAAGAGGUUUCUCAUGGGACUACAUGAAAGCAGACGGGAGCCAGGAUAAUGGGGUACAGGACAACUCUAAGAGACUGUCCACAACUCACCCUCAUUGUAGUGAACCACAGAGACGGAUCUUAAACAACAAAAAUGUACAUUUCAAAAGGGAUGGGUCACACAUGUAUGGAGACACUCCUCCAUUUAAAAAACUGCAUCUGGCUUAUUUUCUGCCUGAAAACAGUUAAAAUUUAGCAUAUAUGCUAUGUGCUAUUGGUAUC